GUUGACUGGGCUCAAGAGUCAGCUUGAAGAUUUACGUAUUGAAGCACGACAGUGGAAGGAUGAGGCGUUGAGGCCGGGGAAUAAACGUGGUAACAUCGCUAUGGCUACCCCGGUUACUAAUGCACGAGCAUCACCCAGGCCGCGUCGGACGGAUGACAAGGAGCAAGAACAGGAUUGGAGGUCCGAAUACAGGAAGCUGCAUAGCUUGCGCAGAGCAGAUUUUACCGAGGUGGAGGCGCUUAAGAAGAAGAAGGCGCUAGCUGAGAUGGAGGUCGUCAAUCUGCAGAGGCAGAUGAGCGAACGUGACACCAAUGAGGCAGGAGGGGAGAAGGCCUCGGGAGGAACCAACUUGAAGGAGAGAUUGGAGGUUGUUGCUCUCAGGACUGCCCGUAGGGUCAGGAAGGCUACUCCGAAUCGGGAGGGUCUGAGGGGUACUUCGCGACGUGAGGAGGAACCCAAUGCAAAACACGGUUGUAAUGAUCGUGCAUCUUUUAUUGAGGAGCAAACCAAGCUCCUGAAGAUGCUGAGGAAGUCUUCCCUGGAGCAAAUCUGCAAGGAGGCGGGGCUGAAGCCAGGCAAGGUGGAUGAGAUGAUCGAGGAGAUUGUACAGUUCCGGGUUAAGAACGCGUUGGGUAGGAAGGAGGGAAAGGAGCCGGUGGAGGUCGUCGAUGUUGAAUCGUCACAUAAUGAGUCCACAAGCGGUGGUGACGAAGCCUCCGCCGAGCUCUAGUCAACUCCCCGGACGCGGCUACCUUGUGG